ACAGAAACCGGGAUAAGCUCCGGCCUGAUGGGCCACUUGGCUCGUAUGCAGACUUUGCCUUUACCUACCUCAUUAGUCAUGAAAGUGUGCCAUGACUCGACAGUUUUUCGGACUGUUUUCUUUUCUUUUUUUUCUUUUUUUUCACUUUUGGAGGUAUCUUGCUGGAAGAAAUGUCCAUUUAAAGGAAAAACAUAAUAACUCAGUCAUAACAGUAUGAUUUGACUGAAAACCUGCAUUUUUAUCCAAAAGGGCCACCAAAAUAAUAACGAUAACGAUUCUGUUCAUCAACAGGAUAUUCCAUGCCUGCUAACAUGACGAGUAAUUCUACAGAAGCGCCUCCUGUGGGUUUCCAGGUCCCUCGCAACAUUCAGAUGGAAGUUACAAUCCUUGCCGUCAUUCUUUUCAUCCUGGCAAUGAUCGGUAAUACUCUGGUGAUUUACAUCGUCUUCACAGUAAACCACAUGCGCAGCUCAACAAACAUUCUCAUCGCCAACAUGGCCUUUGCCGAUCUUCUCAUGACCAUAGAUAUUCCGUACAUACUCAAAUGGUUCUACGUGAUGAGCAGUUGGUUUGGCACGUUCAUGGGCACUGUGUUAUGCAAGUUCUUUCACGCUGCUCAGGUGGGAUCCCUUGCAGCCUCGGUGUUCAGUCUAGUGGUGAUUUCCCUCGAUCGCAGUUUUGCUAUCCUAUGUCCCAUGAAAAAAAUAAUGACUCGAAACGUUGUGCGUUUCGCGAUCGCCAUGACGUGGCUAGGUGCGCUUGCGUUAAUGUUUCCAGUCAUGAUAGCCACCAAGAAUAUACAGCUGGAGGGAGGGGAUGGUAUGAUAUGCAACGAAUAUUGGGCACCGAUGUCAUCCAAAGUCUACAUCACAGUCCUUAUCGUUAUUGCCUACGUUAUUCCACUGAUAAUCAUCGCCUUAGUCUACUGUCUGGCUGGGUUACGUCUUCGUAGCAGAAAACUCCCAGGGCAUCAAAAUCCGACAGCACAGAAAAAAGUCCAAGCCUCGAGCAGACGCGCGACUACAAUGUUGAUAACAGUGGUUAUCAUUUUCACUCUGUCGUGGCUUCCGUUUCAAACACUUGAGAUGAUGAGAACUUACAAUUCAACCCUUUUCCGCAAAAUUCCCAUGAAAGUCCGUUUUGUCAUCCCGUGGUUUGGUUAUUGUAACAGCGCUAUCAAUCCAGUUCUUUAUGUGAUAUUCUCAGGAAAUUAUCGCCGCGAGUUUUAUCGAAUUCUCUGCAGGGGGACAAGUCAGCAAAGCCGUUCUAAGGUGAUUGUUGCUGGUGGAUACACUCCGCGUAAAAGACGACAUCAUGCCAGUGCAGAACCAAGACAGCUGGAGUGGGACACUCCUCUUUAACCUGAAAGCAAACAGGCAGGACAGCCAACCAAGCAACCGACCGACCGAUGGACAGACUGACAGGCAGGCAAGUAGACGUACUUGCUGAUUAGAUGGUUUGCUUAAUGACUGGAUGACUGACUUGUUGACUGACAAACAGACAGACAGACAGACAGACAGGCAGAGGAGCUUGUGCGAGCAAGCUGGAAGCAGGCUCACUGGGUGGUUGGCUGGCUUGCUGAAUGACUGGCAGACGACUAUUGACAGACAGACCGACAGACAGACAGACAGACAGACAAAUAGAGAGAUGGACAGAAAGACAGUUACGGAAACAAAACCUAACAGUAGUGAGGGGCUCAUGAUUCGCACCUCUUUGGGGGAACCCAUUUACAUAAAGUGGGUAUCCGGAACACGAUGACGUCACAGAGCAUUAUAAGUUGGCGCGCACAGUCUUUGUUAAUCUAUUACGGAAUAAAGUAAGUCGAAGCGCGCGAAGACAGACAAAAAUGACAAUGAUUGCUUGAGACAUAUUGCUCAACCCUAAUGCUUGGGACAGUAGGUUCACUCAAGCUUGCCCGCUCUCUACCCACGCCGAUUGGACAGUAAAGACUAUUAUGUUUUUCAAAUAAAAGCGCGCUUCCAUUUAAGGGACCGUUCAUUUUUUAUCAGGU